AUGGAUGAUAGUGCUGACGAAAAUUUUGAAGCCGUUGAAGAACUCAACGAAAACGAUGAAGUCACGUCGGAGAACGAAAACCCUGAUACUAAUCCAGAAAACCAAAGUGACGAAAAUAAUCUAGAAAAUGGCCAAGACAAAGAGGAGGACGAUAAAAAUGAGGCCGAAUCAUCUGAUAUACUAAAUGAACAAAAUGAAGCAGAUCCUACCGGUGAAAACGCAAAUAAUACAUCCGAAGAACCAAACAAUUCACAGGAUUUUUCCAAUUUUACCUUUGACAAAAGUUUAUUCUCGGCACCACAGUUUCAACCCUACUAUCUCAUGAAGGACCACGUUGUGCAGUACCUUGAGCCCAUAAUUAAAAAAGCUAGAAAAAAAAGUUUCAUGUGGUGCUGCUGA